GCCCGCCCUGCCGACACGAAGCCGACGACUGGUGCGCGUUUUGGUGCUGUGAGGCAAAGCGUCAACAAAGACGGCUUGCUUUGCGUCAAGCUGCGUCAUUGAACGGUGUUUUAACGCGCGGUUGAUCGUCGCCGAGGGCCUGCCCGUCGGUUGCAGCGUGUCCAGGACCGUCGUCCGGUGGUUUCCUGCUGUGCGCGUCAGUGUUUAGUGAUCUGUGCGCCCCGCGAGAGAGAGCCUGUGUGGACUACGUGAUCCCAGGGCACCACGGCGGUGGGUGACAUGUUCUUGAAAGAGCACGGCGAAUCCCGGUGGACGAUCGUCACUUGUGAACCUUUAAGGACAAACUGUGUGUGGGGUUAGUGGUUGCCGCGAAGGUGCCGUCGAAGGUGCAGUCCGAUCCUGUUCUACUCCGUGCUGAGAUAAUUUAGUGACCAGUUCACCAUAGCACCGUAAAAAUGUUCAGUUUCCAUAAACCUAAGGUUUACCGGUCAUCAGCAGGCUGUUGCAUUUGCAAAGCCAAGUCAAGCAGCUCCCGGUUCACAGACAGCAAGAAAUAUGAGGAGGAUUUCAUGGAAUGCUUUCGUCUACCAGAACGUCGUUCAGGUGAAAUCUGCAAUGCCUGUGUCUUGCUGGUGAAACGCUGGAAAAAGCUUCCUCCAGACAGUGAAAGAAAUUGGCGCCAUGUUGUGGAUGCUCGUGCCGGUCCUGGUACCAAGUCUCUGACUAAAUUCAAAGCUAAGAACAAAAAAAAGAAGCUGAAGGCUGAAGGCUCCAAGAAGCUGGAAAGUGUCAAGAAGAAGCAUGUUUAUGUUAAAAGUGCCGAUAGGGACCGCAGUCCUGCAACUUUCAGUGAUGGUGAAGAAAUGGAGGAAAAUGGCUUCAGUGGCCCUCCGAGCUUGGCCCCCAGCCCUACCCCUAGUGAAGAUGGGGAUGUUGCUAUCCCAACUGUGAAGAAAAGGCGGAACAGGUCUCGUUCCCCACAACACAAAUCCAGCUUAAAACACCGUUCGUCUCCUCAAAUCAGUGGAUUUCUUGACAUGAAAAUCUGGAAGAGGAUAAAAAUUUGCUGUGGGAUUAUCUUCCAAGGACCUAAUGGAGAAAUUGUCAAGGACCCGAGGUUCUACAAACCAUGCGCAGCCACAGCACGUGUGAAGGAAGAGCCGCAACUGAUAACUGAAGAAGUUGUACAAGAAGAGAUUCCAAUGGAUAUUGUCGAGCACAAGCCUGUAAUUGAGCAGCCAGCACAGCAGGUAGAUCUUCAGCUGCCGCCCCCACUGCCUGUUUCAGUACUGGCCGCCGCGUCACCUGAAGGCUCCCCUCAACAAUCUCCUCACCGGUCACCAAUCCCGUUAUUACCUGCGCCUCAGCCUUUGCCUUUGGCGUCAGUCAAGGUGGUGGUAGCCAAUGCAGUGGCCAGCAUGCCUGGAAAGUCCUUCAGCGACUCAUCUUCUGAUUCAGGAUACGAUGAGUCCUCAAAUCAGGGCCCUCAAGAAAACGGUGCGGCUACUCCAACACAUGAUACUGCUGGUGACUUCCCCAAAAGGUGUCAUCUGCAACCAGUUGAUGGGAAAGUAGAUUAACCACAAUGUCAUGCUAGAUCUUUUAAAAAUCCCCUAUUUUAGUGUAAUUAAAGUGCACAUUGGCUGCUGGGCGGAAUGCGAUGUGCCAUUUCUAUCACAGUUAGUUGAGAACUUUGUCUUUUGUAGCAUUUGAUCUCCUGUGAGAUUGAAGGAUCAGAUGUCUUAGAAGCUCACAGACAAUCAAUUUUAAAGCAAAUUUCUAGGUUUGUCUCUUUUUGAAGAGCAAACAGAUUUAGUAAAUUAAGUGGUUGGAACACUUUUGUUCCUGUGAUUUUAUACUUUUUACAAUGGUAUUAAUAAUGAAGAAUUUUGAUAAAUCUGUGGAAAGCUUUAAAAUAAUAGUAUUCAGCAUGUUGGUUGAUUGUUAGACAUAAUUGUGAUUGUAGGUUUGAUCCUGCUGCAUUUUAUUAAAUGUGAUGUAAGGUAAGAAUGACUCGUGGCGUGUGCAAUAAUACUGAUUACUGAAUGUUGGCUUGUGUCAAUGUGCUUCCUGAGGCUUGGCACACUUGGUUUGCGACUUUAAGGAAGGCAUAGAGUGUUCAGUUCUGUUGUGUGGCAGUCGCUAUUCUAACCCCAGCCAAUGUGUUCAAGAGAAAAGAGAUGACGUGUUCCUUGACUAAGUUGUGAAGAUAUUUAGCCCCAUUGUGCAGGAAUUGAGGUGGUUCCAAUGUUUUUGUCAAGAGCAUAUGAGUCCAUCUUUCCUCAUCAGUUAUUACAUACUUAGUAGGAUUUGGUCACAAAUUGUCGGAAGGAUUAUUUCUAGCUGUCAUCCACUGUGCUAUAGAGUACUUAAAUUCUUUAUGUUUUUAAAGCUUCAAGAUUGUAUCGGUGUGUAGGAAAUUUGUAUAGUACUGCCUACAUUUUAGCGUGUGCUGGUGGUUAGCUGACUUUAAUUAUUCACUAUGGCACUGUCUGUUUUCUGAAUCUCAGAAUCCAUGAAGUCCUGAGAGGACCUACUGAUUAUGCUCAGCUGUAAACUUCCAAUGUCUCAUUUAGCAAUACAUAAUCAAAGUACAUAAUGCAGGGAACCGAGCCAAUCUUGCUUGUUCAAAUUCUGCCACUACCGCCCCUGCUUAAAUGUUUUGACUAGAAUUUAUAGUCUUGCAAUACUCAAUAAGCUUUGAUGUUCUUUCAGUAUGCUGAACACGAUCCCUCUCUUGUUUAUUCUUGUACAGGAGAUUGUUGCAUUUAGACAUUUUGCUAAAUCCAUCGUUAGCAACAGCUUGGAGCUGUAUUUCUUCUCUUUUUCUUGUAUUUAUAUUCUUUACCAAUAUACAAUUUUUUAUAUAUAUAUAUUAGCGCAUAUAUAUAUAUAUAUGAUAUAUUGAUACAUACGCGUAGUUAGACAGAGCUUUUGAUUUCCUGUCAAGCAGCAAUAGCAAUUGUGGCCUUCAAAAUUGAUGGGGUUGUGCUUCAUGGAUGACUUGGGCAUUGUUGUCUAAACAUGAUGAAAGUUAAAAUUUGCUCUUGAAUAAGCUACAUCAUAUCAGCACACUAUCAUUAUUGCUAUUUUAGUAGAUCAAUGCCUAUUUAAGUACUUUCCUCUCAAAUUUAGUACAAUUUAUUUCUUAUACCUUAUGUAUGAUAAGCUAAUACAAUUUUCCAAGUAUUUUAAAGUGAUUGAGCAUGGUUUGCUAUGGAAAUUGGCUGUCCAUUUUAAACACUUGUCGUUUUCUUCCUUUCUUAAUUUGAUACAAAUUUUAUGGGGACUGUAAUGCCAAUCAAAGGGUACUUGAUCAAUUUUUCCUUCCCUUUACAAUUGGCUGACUCCUGACCAAAGUAUGGUAGUAGUAUUGGCAAGGUAAAAAUGCAGUGAGAAAUACUCGCUAUAUGUUAGGGAGGUCUUCUUUGGUGGACCGGUCUUCAAUUUAACAUAGUUGAUAUUGGCAACUAUCCAAAGAAUGUUAAAAUAAUGUGGCAUUUGAAGACUGAUGUGUGAGGCCAAACGAUGCCCACACUUAUUGUGGCUCGAACAAUUUAGACUUUUUUUUUCCCUUUUUUUUUAACUUUGCCCUUUUGUGAUGCCAUGCUCUUCUCAAGGCAAUUUUACGUAUUUAAAAUUGGACUGUUCUAUCCUAAGUGUCAUGCUGAGAAAUCUGAUUCAAGAGUCUUAUGUUAAGUUUUGUAAGUCAACUGUUGCAUCGAGUGGUAGUCUUAUACUUAUUCCCUUGUUGAAAUUUCAAGUCUGUAUCGAUCUUAAGUCAGUCAACGCACAGCUCCUCAAAGUACUUGCGUAAUUUGUUUCCCUCUAGGCUUAUUUUCUUAUAGCUUACCUGGUAAAACAACUGUUAAAAAACUUGGUAGCAACAUGUUCUGAGUUAGUUUGAUGGAGAAACGUGUCCUAGCCACGCAUUGUAUUUUCAUGAAGUCAUUGUGAGACUUUGAUCUUGCUCAGAGGUCAAUUUAGCAUUUCAGAUGUGGCCAUGUUCAAGUAGUGUUUAUCUUUUCCUGUAAGGAUCACCUCAAAAUUUUCAGUUCCUUAUUUUCUUGAUCAACUUGUCAACUAUUAUCAUGCAUUGUUUUUAGCCUGCUGUAUAUCUUUCUUAUGGGUCCACUUUUAAGUAGCCUGGUGCAUUGAAAAGCAGGACUUUCAGUUCUGUGCCUUGAUGUAGCACAGCUAUUUACAACUGAACCCAGUGUGCAUUUUGAAUGGAAUCAAUACUCCUACUGGCUGAAAAGGUUUUUAUCAAGAUCUAGUCUCAUGAACUUACCAGUUGAGAACAGUGCAUUGCUACUAUGUUAUGGAUCAUGUGUUUCCCAUUAUGUGGAUGAGACUGAUGUAAGUCCACUUAUUAGGUAAAUACGAAUUAACCAUAGGCUAAGAAAUUAACUUUUCCAUGUUGUACAAGUAUUAUUUGUGUGCCCUUAUGGUAAGUGUGUGUAAUGUCUCUUUAAAUCUUGUUUAAAUAGCUAUUGUAUUUAUUGAUGAAAAAAUGGAUUGCAGUCAUACCUCUCUGUAUGAUGAACUCUAUGGGUUGCUGCAUGCCAUAGAUUGAUACCACUACUGUGUAUGUGAUCUCAUGUGACCGUUCUUUCUUUUUUAAGUUAAGCAAAUUGGUCCUCUAAUUCAUGUAUAGCAUCCAAUUGUACCCAGAAUCAUGCAGCUCUUUGCAUACCAGUUUUAAUUUUAUUGAAGGCCGGUUGUGUUUUCACCAUUCUUUUAUUUUCAUUUUAAGUUAUUGUUAUCUUAAAACUGCUUUAAAAUCUUCUUUAGCUUCAGUGAAAAAGUGUGACAUAAAGUUCGAUGCCUAUUGACAUAUUACCAUAUCAUUUGAAGACUGUGCUCCUGGAUGGUUUUCGGUCCUCCACUGUCACUGAAGUUCAUGAAUUAUUUUAGCAGAGUUGUUAAAUCAUGGACUAAGGCUUUUCUGCUUACACUAACUGCAUUAUGCGUAAGGUUUUGUGACAGUCACUUUGACAGCCAUUUGUUUGGGAAUUGUGACUAUUUUUAACUAAAUCAUUCCUUUUGAGUAGUGUAAAAUUAAUCCAUCGUCAAGAUUGUUAUCUCUAAUUCUCAUACACAUUCUGACGUGAUAGUGAAUUUUUCAAACUUCUACAAAUUUGGACAUUGAAUUGCUUGCCCAUUCUCUUGUCUCCUGAAGUAAGAUUCUUUUUUCUUUGGCUCUUCACCUGUUUUAAGACUUGACAACUUUCUAUACUUAAACCACACCAAUGAUAACAUUCCUUCUGUGUUUUUUUUUUCCUGUGACCAUCAGCUUUUUCAGUUGUAUCUUUGGAAACUUGUUAUCAUUUGUUUGGUUUGAAACAAAAAUAGUGUUUUCUUUGAAUGGCAUGUUCACAAGACACUUUAUCUCUUUGCUCUGGUAUUGAACAAGAUAACAAUGGCGCUCUGAAAUUCCCAUGUAUUAAACAACCUGUUUUUAUUCUUAGUGGUAAGCGUAAGAGAUCUUCAAAAUGAACUGUUUCACUGACAAAGAAUCAAAUCAACUUAGUGACAAUUUUUCAAUUCCUAUUAUAAAUGUUUGAUUAAGUAGGAUGUACGCUGUGGUUUUGUUGUAUAAAUACAUGUCUAGCCAAGAUCAUGCUGUGUCCUUUUUUUUUGCCUCUCUUCAUUUUAUCUAUGUUAUAAUUGUGUAAAAUCAUAAUAUAUAUUUAUUUGAUCAAAAGUCUCAGCAUAAUAUUAUGUAAGGUGGAUGCGAAGAUCCUACUGUGCAAUUCCACUAUUGUUUCCUUGUUUUUCUGUUUUAGGGAAUAAAGUCCAAUGAAUUGAAACAUAAAA